AUGGAAGGUGAUCCAGUUGUGCAAAUAGCUUUGAUUGCUGAAUCUGCUCACCUGCAAAUGAGAUUGUCUACUUAUGGCAUUAGUUGUCAAACACCACAUGAAGUGGAACCUGUGCAGAUAUGGCCUAGCUGGAGAAUGGUCAAGCUUUUCGAAUGUCUUGGACGAGAUGAAAAAUUAGGAUUGAGUGGUAGACCUCCUCGACCAUUUGGACCGCUUAGCACCUCUAAGGUAUUUCGCGUGUUUGGAGAUACUGUGUUAUGUUAUCCAUUGCUGUUCGAAGUCAAGGACUUCUAUGUUAGCUCGGAUCCAUCAGUGUUGAUUGACGAUAUCAAGCGAGAUAUAGAGUUUGUAUCUCGUCGUUGGAAAUUGGCUGGGCGCCCUACUAUGUGUCUUCUGAUCAGAGAAGAAAACAUUGUUGGAGAGUAUUUCGACCAUAUCUUGGAUCUUCUCGUACAAUUAAAGAAUGGCCACGUCAAUGGAGUUCGCGUUCGCAUGGGACGAGUACAUCAACUACUUAACACGAGCUGUAUAGAACACAUUGAUUUUGCUUCUUCCGACGAUGUCGAGUUUGACAUUGAUGUUCUGGAAGAAACAGAGGGAAAUAAUCAAAUUCUGUCAAGGCUUAGCCUGCGCGAUGGAAUUGAGGACGAUAUGACUGUGGAGGAGGACAUUCGAGUGCUGAGAGAUGACGAUUUGUACGAAAUUAUCAAGAAAGAUGAUAUGGACAAGCCGAGACAGCUAGCUUUCGCACUGGCUGCAAUGUGGAUGAGACGCCAUCCGGAUACACCGAUAGAUGGA